AUGCAACCACAAGCUCCGGGAUCUUCGUCCGGUCUGUCCCAAAGUUCCCACGCUCGUUGGCUCGCCCUCACGCACCGCGACCGUUCUUACCACUCAUCCUUUCUCUAUGGCGUCAAAUCCACAAAGAUUUACUGCCGCCCUACCUGCUCUGCUCGUCUUGCGAGAAGAGCCAAUGUUGUCUACUACGACACGGCAGACCAAGCGCGACGCGACGGAUUUCGCCCGUGCAAGAGAUGCCAACCAGACAACGCGGCAUUUGUUGGAGACGGCGAGGAGGUUGUUACAAGAUUCAUAGAGCUUUUGCGGGUAAGGAGGGAUAAUUUGACGAUGAAACGAGGCUUGAAGGAGCUGGCUAAGGAGGUCGGAGUAACGCCGAGCUAUCUGUGCCGCGUGUUUAAGAAGAGAAUGGGGAUGACGAUAGGAACUUACUUGACGGAAUUUGAAAAGGAGUCGAACGAGGAUGGGCCCGAGAGUUCAGCAACAAUUCCCAGUCAAUUUGGAUCUGAUGUGAGCUCAGGGACAAGGCUGACACCGCCAAUAACGGAAAGGAGCUUGCAAGUGCCCGUCGAUGAACUGCAGGGGGAGUGGUCGAAAGAAGAAGAAGUAGGAAAUGUCGCGGAGGCUUUGAACUUGAGCUUUCAUUCUCAUUUUGACGAUUGGUUCUGGAGUGAAGACUAUUUGACUGAAGACUAUUUGACUGAAGACUCCUGGAUUGCAGGGUCCUGGAACGAAGGAUCACGUUACUGA